AUGAAUUUCGUAACCUUCAACCAGGACCACAGCCAUCUAGGCGUCGGCACGCCCAAUGGCUAUCGCAUAUACACCACCGACCCGUUCAACAAGCAGUCCGAGUCGCGCGAGGGAGAUGUCUCCAGCCUUGAGAUGCUCUUCUCCACGUCGCUGGUAGCCCUCACCCUGUCGCCACGCGUGCUGCGCAUACAAAACACCAAGGUUCGUCGGACAGGCGACUCUGGCCAGGCACGCGCUGACAAGCACAAGAGGCACUCGACCAUAUGUGAGAUGACAUUCCGGACAGCCAUUCUCGCCAUGCGCAUGAACAGGAAACGCAUCGUCGUCGUGCUCGAGUCGGAACUCUACAUCUACGAUAUAAGCAACCUGCAGAUGCUCAAGACGGAGAAGACGUCGCCUAAUCCCAAUGCGAUAUGCGCCCUCUCAGCAUCGUCCGAGAACAACUACCUCGUGUAUCCGCUGCCCACCAAAGCCGCACCCGCUACCUUCCAGCCGCCUUCGCACGCGCCGCCCAAAGCCGAUCACAUCGCACCCACAAGCGGAGAAGUCCUUAUAUACGAUGCUACAAAGAUGGAGGCAGUCAACGUGAUUGAGGCGCACAACUCUCCUCUCUCUUGCAUUGCGCUAAACAGCGAUGGUACCCUGCUGGCGACGGCAUCGGAAAAGGGCACCAUCAUCCGCGUCUUCUCCAUACCCGAUGCGCAGAAGCUGUACCAGUUCCGGAGAGGCUCCAUCCCGGCCAGGAUAUACAGCAUGUCUUUCAACUCGACAUCGACCUUGCUUAGUGUGUCGUCGGCGACCGAGACUGUCCACAUUUUCCGCUUAGGAGCGCCCAACAGCAGGAGUAAUAGCGUUUCUUCUGGGCCUAGCAAGCCCAUAGGCGCGUCCCAUGCACGUAGCGGAAGUCGAACGAGCCAAGAGACGGCGGAUGAAUUCGGUGCCAGCACAGCAGAUGUAUCGACUCCGGAGCGGAAACCCAUCAAUCCCACUUUUGGAAGUUUGAUUCGACGCACAUCGCAGACCGUUGGAAAGUCCUUCGCCGCUACCGUCGGCGGAUAUUUACCCAGCGCUGUAGCAGAGAUCUGGGAGCCCUCGCGCGACUUUGCGUGGGUCAAGAUACCACGCUCUCCGACAAGCUCUUCCACGGGACCUGUUAGGAAUGUGGUAGCGCUGAACAACAACGGUCCUCAGAUUAUGGUAGUUACCAGUGAAGGCAACUACUAUGUGUUCAACGUGGACUUGGAGAAGGGAGGCGAGGGUACACUGUACAAACAGUACUCCCUUCUUGAACCGAACGAACUCGCAGCAAGCAACUCACAGGAUUUGCCGGAAUAG